UGCGAAGUUGUGAAAAAUCCUCGAAAAAUCCGUGAUGUGGAAAUUGUGGAAUAAUAUUUUGGAAAAUUUAAUUCCUCUCCUUAUUUAGAUCCUUACAAGUUCUGUACAAUUGUGUGAAUUAUCUUUGAUUCUACUAUUCAAAAGCGAGUUAUGAGAUGAACAAUCCUACAAUGAAUUCUGCAACCCCCGGUGUGCCGCAGGUGCCGCUCCUCGACGACGACACCAUUGCAUUUGGAGAGGAAGACAAUGCCAAUAAGAAUUUUGUGCACCCAUACAUAGUGUUCUUCCACCUGAUAUUCCGGUGCUCUGCUGUGGUGGUUUAUGUGCUGUGUGGUUGGUUCUCCGACUCCUUCAUCACCAGCUUCGUGCUGGUUGUGAUGCUGCUCUCUGCUGACUUCUGGACUGUCAAGAAUAUUACUGGUCGGCUGCUGGUCGGCCUCAGGUGGUGGAACUACGUGGACGAUGACGGGAAGUCGCACUGGGUGUUCGAGGCGAAACAGGUACAGAACCGCGUGAACAACAACGAGAGCCGGCUGUUCUGGAUGGGGCUGGUGUUGUGCCCCGCCGUGUGGUCCCUCUUCUUCGUGUUCUGUCUGUUCGGACUCAAGUUCCAGUGGAUGCUGCUGGUGCUGAUAGCGCUGACGCUGUCGGGCGCCAACCUGGUGGGCUACGUGAAGUGCAAGCUCGGCGGCCAGCGGAGCCUCCACACUGCGACCUCCGAGUUCGUGCGCGCGCGGCUGCUGCGUGUUGUGUUGCCGACCACCGCCGCCGCCGGGCCCGUCUAGUCCCGCAGCGGACAGAUUAUAUGCGAUUGUCUUGUGGUUGAAAAUAUUAUUUGAAAAUGCUUGCCGAAUUUUGUAUAAAUUGUGUUAAAUAAUGUUUUUUUACAAUAAUAAUAUAGGUAGAAAAAUUAAAAAGAUGUUGAAAUCCGCUUGUCAGUCAGUCGAGAUGACAGACAAUGACCUCGGGUUUUGUUUGAGGCAAUUUUUCUAUUUCACUAUAAUGAUUGUUAUCUUAUGAAAUGGUCUUACCAUAUCAUUCUCGUUAAGUACAUAAUAAAAAUAUUUAUACAGGGUGUGUAAAAUGCCAGUACCUCGUAGGACCUACAGGGUCCUAUUCGAAUGUUUUCCAUUUUCCACCUUGCGCAGAAAAAUUACAAUAGAAAAAAUAAUUAAAAAAGAAAAAAUGUAAACAUACAUUUAAAAGAAGACGUGUUACGAUGUGUGUAUUUGAAUUUAUAUAAAUAUUAAUAAUAGUAUGAAUUAGAAAUAAAUUUAUUUAUUAUUAUAAGUACUGAUUGAGUCGACUGUGGUUACUGAAAUAAGUCCUACUUGUAGAUUCGAAGGUUUAGAGUAAGCUUCCUGCGAGGACCUGCCUGUUUGGCUUGUUUGUAAUAAUUUUAGUUAUAUGUAUUUAAUGUAAAUCUUUACCUAACGUAUAGUUAUUGAGAGAAAUGUGUCAACUACUAUUUGAUUUUUUACACUUAUUUACCUUAAACAUAAAAUUAUUGUUUGUGCAACAUGCAGUUCAUGUUCAGACUAGUUAUUUUCAUAGUUUAUUUUAACUUUAAUUUUUGAACCUAUUUAUUUCCGUAACAGAUUAUCUUAUACUGAUAAAAUACCGUUUCACUGUAGUAUUAUUUUAAAGAUAGAGGUAAUUUAUGUAAUUAAAUGUGAUAUUAAAUAAUUCCAUUUUUGUCCCUACUUUGAAAAUUGUAAUUAUCUUUGGGAUAUUUUCUUUUUAUGUAUCAAAUGAAUUUAAUCAUACUGUAUCUUCUCUGAAAACCUACGAAGUUAUUGCAAAAAGUAAAUAAAGUAAAAAUGAAGAUUGUAUUUAUGUUCUUUUUUAUUGAAAUAAAACUGUAUUAGAAGA